UCUCUUAUAAAUAUAGCAACUUGUGGGAGAGAUUGGCAACUUUUCUAGGCGGUCAACGGGAGUCACCGACGUGAACAUGACCAGUUACAGAAUGACAUCUCUAUUAUACGCACUCCUAUUGGCUGUCACCUUCCUUAGCGUGUCCACAGCCAACUUGGAAGCGAAGCGCAUGGGCUCCGAAUUUCUGGGCAAACGCAACCAGCGUAUCGAAGAAGUCUUUCCUGGUAUGGUCUGGGACGAGGACUUGGGAUCAAUCAUUACCAAGGCCCGUCUGCUGCGAGUCGCCCUCAACAGAGUACUCGAAGACGAAGAUGAGGAAGACACCCUUUUCGCCAAACAAAAGCGCAUAGGGUCCGAGUUCCUGGGAAAGAGGUCCUCGGAGUUCAUGCAGAAGCGGAUGGGGUCAGAAUUCCUCGGCCGACGCAGGCGAGAGGCGGAUGAACAACCGUAAAGGAUUUUCCCAUGGAGUGGUCAACAUCGCUUAUUUCAUCCAGACGGUACCCUGAGCCGUGGCUUGCAGCAACACGACGAUGACGACGAUUGGGUCUUGCUGAGGCGACUCAACAAACGACUCUCUGA